AUGCCUUCCAAAGUAUCAUGCUUGUACCUGCUGACAGUGGUGUGCUGGGCCAGUGCACUGUGGUACCUCAGUAUCUCUCGGCCUACGUCCUCCUAUGAAGGACACAUGUCCAUACCCAUACGCAAGACUGUCAAAACUCCCAAAAACUUCACCUUCACCAACAUCCGUUCACGCUCUCUCAACCCGCACUCCUUUGAGUUUGUCAUCAAUGAGCCCAAGAAGUGUGAGAGCGUGAGCCCCUUCCUGGUCAUCCUCAUCAGCACCACCCAUAAAGAGUUUGAUGCCCGUCAGGCCAUCAGGGAGACCUGGGGCGAUGAGAGCAUCUAUGGAGACAUCCACAUCCUCACCAUCUUCCUCCUGGGCAAGAACACUGACGAGGUGCUCAACCAGAUGGUGGAGCAGGAGAGCCAGAUCUUCCAUGACAUAGUGGUGGAGAACUUCAUCGACUCGUACCACAACCUGACUCUGAAGACCAUCAUGGGCAUGCGCUGGGUGGCCACCUUCUGCCCAAAGGCCCAGUAUGUGAUGAAAACGGACAGUGACAUCUUUGUGAAUAUGGACAACCUUAUCCACAAACUGCUGAAGCCCAACACGAAGCCCCGCAGGAGGUACUUCACAGGCUACGUGAUAAACGGGGGUCCCAUCCGGGACAUGCGCAGUAAGUGGUACAUGCCCCGGGACCUGUACCCGGACAGUCGGUACCCGCCCUUCUGCUCGGGCACUGGGUAUGUGUUCUCUGCAGAUGUGGCUGAGCUCAUCUAUAAGACCUCCCUCCACACCAGACUGCUGCACCUGGAGGACGUGUACGUGGGCCUGUGUCUGCGCAAACUCAACAUCCACCCGUAUCAGAACAGUGGCUUCAACCACUGGAAGAUGGCCUACAGCCUGUGCCGCUACCGCCGCGUCAUCACCGUGCACCAGAUCUCCCCAGAGGAGAUGCACCGGAUCUGGAACGACAUGUCCAGCAAGAAGCACCUGCGCUGCUAA